CGCGAGUACAGUUGCAGUUCACAGUUCACAACAUUACAGUAAAAAUAGGAUAUUCGCUGCCUGCCGCUUAUGUGCUAAACGGCAAAAACCGGCAACUUGGCGACUGGAGAACGCGUCACUCGGUUCCCACCAUACCGACACCCGGGCCGGGACCCCGAAAAAUGGGUCUGAGCUGAGCGGUGCACCCUUCCUUUCUUUCCUGUGUUGUCGUCGGAUUUACAAGCGACGGCUGGCUGGCUGGGUGCUAACGCUAGCACGCUAGCUCUCCGAGAAGAGCAGACACGGCAACAACGGCUGUCCGCCUGCCACCGUCCCCGGGCUGGUUCUCUCCGCCGCCGCCUCGGCCGCAGCAGCAGCAGCUAUGUUCGUGCAGGAGGAGAAGAUAUUCGCCGGCAAAGUGUUGAAAAUACACAUCUGCACGAUGGACGGCACGGAGUGGCUAGAGGAGGUCACGGAAGACACCACUGUUGAAAAACUGAAGGAGAGGUGCUUGAAACAUCAUGUUCAUGGAACUCUAGAAGACCCCAAAACACUUACCCAUCAUAAACUUAUACACGCUGCUACAGAAAGAGUCCUCACCGACACCAAAACUAUCGCUGAUGAAAACCUUAAAGACAAAGAUGUUUUGCUGCUCAUAAAGAAAAGACCGCCUCCAACCCCUCCCAAGAUGGCAGAUGUUAGUUCAGAUGAAAAGAAGAAACAAGAUACCAAAGCUCCAGAUAAAGAUGCUAUCCUGAAGGCUACUGGCAGCCUGUCCACACGGCACACUGAGCGCACUGUUACACAGCACAACAUCAGAGAUUUUCAAACAGAGCUUAGAAAAAUCCUGGUUUCUCUUAUUGAAGUUGCACAGAAGCUUCUUGCCUUGAACCCCGAUGCUGUUGAACUCUUCAAAAAGGCCAACGCGAUGUUAGAUGAAGAUGAGGAGGAUCGUGUGGAUGAAACGGCCCUCCAGCAGCUCACUGAGAUGGGUUUCCCUGAGAGCAGAGCCAUCAAAGCGCUUAGACUCUGCCACAUGUCAGUGACCCAGGCCAUGGAGUGGCUGAUCGAACACAUAGAUGACCCCACUGUGGAUGCACCACUACCGGGACAGGACUCCUCCGGGGCAUCAGGGGCUGCGGCAGCGACGACAACGGGCCCCUCGGCUUCAGCCUCCGCUUCAGCCAACAUUCUUUCCAACCUCUCAAGGCAAUCGAGCUCCGACGAGAGCAGCCGGCAGGACGAACUCACAGAGAUCUUCAAGAGAAUACGCAGGAAAAGGGAGUUCAGGCCAGACUCCAGAGCUGUGAUUGCAUUGAUGGAGAUGGGCUUUGAUGAAAAGGAGGUGAUUGAUGCUCUCAGAGUGAAUAAUAACCAACAAGAUGCAGCGUGUGAGUGGCUGCUGGGAGACAGGAAACCAUCUCCAGAAGAUCUAGAUAAAGGCAUCGACACCAACAGCCCUCUGUUUCAAGCGAUUCUGGAAAACCCCGUGGUCCAGUUGGGUCUAACGAAUCCCAAGACUCUGCUCGCGUUUGAAGACAUGCUGGAGAAUCCUCUGAACAGCACCCAGUGGAUGAACGACCCCGAGACAGGCCCGGUCAUGCUCCAAAUAUCCAGAAUCUUCCAGACCCUCAAUCGCACAUAGAGCCUCCUGAUUACCCUCGUGUGAUUGUGGCAGCUUGUGUGUAUGUAUGAUCAUACCAGGAAAUGUGUGUAUGGAUGUGACACAAAUAGAGUUUACUGGGUUUUUUUUUUUUGUUUCUUUUUUCUGCCUUGUAAAGAAAAAGCCAGAGGAGUUAAAAGUUUGAAUUAAAUUGUUACACUAUUUAUAACAAUACAGUAAAACGCCUAUACAAAACAAAUGUUAUUAUUAUUAUUAUUAUUAUUAUUAUUAUUAUUAUUAUUAUUAUUAUUAUUAUUAUUAUUAUUAUUAUUAUUACAGUGGUAAUAUAAAUUGAGAUUUAAUAUGUUGUUUUUACAUAUUAAUAAGAACAAUUUACAGAUAUGACAGACAUGAUUUAUUUUAUAUCAUUUCUCCAUGUAAAGAAAUGACAUCAGGCAUCAAUUUAAUGUUUACACUUUAAAGAACAGUUUUUGUAUGAUUUGCAAUAUUUAAAUAUAACAGUCUUCUCUGUUUCUUUAAAAUGUUACAUUUCAUUAUUAAUGAAUGUGUGGAGGAGUUCUGGUCCUGAUGAUGUUUGGGUUUCUACUUCUAAUGUCAUCAGAAGAGCAGGUUGUUGUUGGAGUUGAGCGUUCACGAAGCUCUUUGAAAACGAGCUUUCAGACGCGGUUCUGCUCAGACGCUUACACACUCAUCACUGGCAUGAAUGUCAGAAUAAUCUUGUGUUUUUCAUCAUUUUUCCUCAAUAGUUUUAACAUAAAAAUGCAGUUAUCAAAAAACUAUUUGAGUUAUUUGUGGAUUUUCUUUCGUCUAAAGAAGAUCCAAAUCAAAAUACAUUUUUGUGUAUUCACCACAUGUUUCCUGCAGCUAUAAAAAAAGCUUCUGGUGUAAGUCUGUGGAUUUUUAACCACUUUUCUUGUCAUAACUGGUAGAUUUUUUUGUGUUAAUUUGAUUAAAUUGGUUUGAUUUGAAGGCUCAGCUCAGCUUUUUAAGUUUAAUUCACACAUUUUCCUGAAGGGUUGUAGGACGUCCAAUAUGUAAUUUUGCGUUACCUGUUCCAAAACCAGUUUUAAAGUGUGUUUCAACUAUCUAGCUGUUAAUUUAGAGUAAUUUAGUUGGACAGUGAGACAGUCCCACAGCAUAAUGCGUCCACCACCAUUUUUGACAGUUGUUAAUGUGCUUUGGUUUGAAUUCCUUUAAGCAUCUUUUUUGUGGCCAAACGGCUCAGUCUUUGUAUUUUUUUACUUCACAGUGUUGAACCACGAGACAAUAUGCAGGCAGCUACAAAUGUGUUGAGUUUGGAGAAGGAAUUUCUUUCUUAUUCCACACCAAAACUUCAUGUACUGAAGUACGUAAACUGGUUUUUCAGUUGUUUCUGGUGUCAGUUUUGCUCCCGAAGAUCCUAAUGGAUUCCUUUAUUUUAAUGGCAACAUUUUGGGUCACAUGGAUGAAACUUGGGUUUCCUAACAGCAUAAUUGUCCCAAACAUUUUAAAAAAGGUCUUAAGAAUACAGUUAGCUGGCUAAAAUGAAGAUUAUUUUCUAAAACCAGCCCUCAACUAUGAAUACAAUAUUUAUAGUUUCCUGGCUUUGCUUAAAAGCCAGAAAACAAACAAAUUUUUAAUGAUUCAGAAGCUUGUUAAUGACAACAAAAUAUUUACUGUUAGUUGAGAUUUAUUUAUAUGUUUCAAACUGUUAAGAUUACAGAAAAUAAACAAUAAAUUAAAACAGUUUGUUUUAUCUUCAUCACACUGUGGAAAAGGAAUGACAAUCUUUAAAAGUCCAAUAUUACGAAUGACUGAAUCAGGCCAGUGAUGAGUGCAUGUAAACCUCUGACCGGUACUGUGUUAUACAUUACCUCUCCGUUCACACCCGUAAAUCACUGUAAGUCGUACACCUCUCACUUAUUAAGAGGAAAACUUCUGUCGUCUGCGAACAUAAAACUGUUUUUGCCUUUUCAGAGAGACCUCGUGCUCUAAGUUGUGUCGGUCCUGAUUUUCCAACAGUAUGCUACAGUCGGCCUGUGUGUUUGUUGUCAAUGUGGACUUGAAUGUCACUAUAUCUGCGCUUCUUUAGCACUUGUUCACCUCUUCGAACACUGCUCACUGCGGCACAGAUGAAGUCAAAUCAUGGAUUGUCUGGAGUCGGACAGUAAAUGAAGCUGAGCCUGAUCAAAACGUGGGGCUGGGGUUUGCCUUUUAAACCUUUAAUUUGAAUCUUUGAAUGACAAUGCGUUUGAAUCACGCUGCUGGGGCACAAGCGUCUUUAUAAACACAGUUUUGGUCUCCAGUUUUCUUCAGAGAGCAAGGAACACUUCAUGCUGUCAACCAAACCAAAAUGUUCCUGUAUUUCAUGCCUUGUCCCUAGUUCUACCCAAUGAAGAGGGGAGAAAAUCUGUAUUUCUGUGCAAUAGUAAAGACUUAAAGAUAUGUAUCUGAUAUGAGUAUUAGUGAUGUUUAAACUGAAAGGGUUAGAGUGUUUUACAAUAUUAGCCUUUGCAUUGAGUACUCAAAAUCUCCAGCUAAAAGUUGGAGCUCUUUGCCUCUUGUAGUUCUACUAAAAAAAACAAUAUGGAGGGCGGUGUUGGUUGUUUUAUUUUUAUUUUUUUGCCAAGCUUUUGAGUGUUUUUAUUCUAUAUUGAAAAUGUAGUACUGAUGUGACUUUCUGCUCAGGGAGGCUUAGAUUGUUGUCAUGGCAAACCCCUGCUCAACCGACGUUAGUUUGGCUUUAGCGAAUCUCUUCAGACUGCAACAUCAAGACAUGCAAUAUUGAACAAAAAAUGAAAAAAAAAAAAAGAAGAUAUUUAAAUGUUUUUGGAGAGAAGUGUCUGUUUGAACUGUUUUAUUACAUUAUUUAUAUCAAAGCCAAACUCGUAACUUGGUCUUAUUUCUAACAGUUUUAGCAAACCUCGAAGCUGCACUUCAGAUGUAAAAAGAGAAAUGCUUCAAAGGUUGUUUUUACGUCGUUUUAGAGAUGUUCUUAUUAUGAAAAUUGUGGGUCAAGGUGUGAUUUAAAGUGGUUUUUGAACAGGGUGGGUUGAUGUGUAGAGCUGCUGAGAACUGUACAUUGAAAGAUUCUGCUCUUAAAGAAAACAUUAAACCAAAAAUAAGAGAGAGAACAUUUCCAAACAUUCAUCUGGAAUUUAAAUAAACAAAGCAAAACGUCUUUGAGGUUACCAGCUAUUUCUGCUCUGCUAUGUCAUGCAAGACUGUCCCACAUCAACAACCUAUGCAAUCUAUUGAGUCUGUUCAUUCAAGCAGCCAGAAGGCUACUGACAUCUAAAUCACUCUCACAUUAAAGUUAAUUCGUUCUGUGGCUUUGCUCGUUGGAUUCUGUUUGGAGUCGGUUUACGUGGCGGCUUUGUUUUGGGGAACAAUAAAGAUCAGUGUUGCAAACAUAAUAAAGUACAAAUUUAAA